GCCAUGGGUCAGGGAGCGCGCGCACUCUGAGUAGCUUCAUCCGUGGAUCACAAACUCCGGAUCGGAACAACCCUGUAUGGCCCCAGCCUGCGUCAUGGCACAGAGCGGAGAGCGCGCGGUGCUCGGGGACACGGAGAGCAGCCUGAGCGCAGAGAAGACUCGAUCCAAGGUCCUGCCGUUCAGCGUGGAGGCUCUGAUGGCUGACCACAGGCCGUGCAACGACAAACCUUCUCCGGACACUUGUGGAGCGUCAUCCCAGCCCACCGGGCCCCGGCGGAGCGCCUUCGACACGUCUGUCCGGUCCUUACCGCUGAGCUCGGCGUUUUCCGUCAGCGACAUCAUAAACCUGUCCGAGGACGCGCUGAAGGCGGAGAGUCCGGAACCGGAGCGGAGUCCGUGGAUCCAGAGCCCGCAUUUCUCCCCUGUAUCUCCUCGGAGUCCGCCCGCUUGCCCGCUGCGCAAGCAUAAGACCAACCGAAAGCCACGCACGCCGUUCACCACCGCGCAACUGCUCGCACUGGAGCGAAAGUUCCGUCAGAAGCAGUACCUGUCCAUCGCGGAGCGCGCGGAGUUCUCCAGCUCGCUGAGCCUCACGGAGACGCAAGUGAAGAUUUGGUUCCAGAACCGACGCGCCAAAGCGAAGCGGCUGCACGAGGCCGAGCUCGAGAAGCUGAAGAUGGCGGCCAAACCUUUGCUGCCUCCCGCCUUCGGCCUCUCCUUUCCCCUCGGAGCGCACGUGCCCGGCUCUUAUGGUGGCUCGUUCCAGCGGAACUCUUUCCCUGUGUCACCGAUGGUGUACGCCGCGCACGUGGGAUACAGUAUGUACCAUUUGGCCUGAUGCGAUUGUGACGCGCGCCGCGUAAAGGACUGUUUUGGACUGGUCCUCCGGAUCAGCGAGACUUUCGCUAGAGUCAUGCGGAGAGUGAAGAAGCGGGGCCCGGAGCAGAGUGACCCGGAGCCAAGGCGUAUCUCCGGAGCCCGCACCCGAGGCGCCUCUCCGGGACCCGUAGGUGCGCACUAAACUCUAAACUCUUUGGAGCCGCAGCAUUUGAACAGCACUGUCCGUUUGAGGCCUGUAAAUAUGUAAAUCAGACGUUUAUAUUAUGAAAAUAUAUUUGUGAC